CUUUUAUUUUAUUGUUUCUCACACAAUUAUCUAAAUUCUUGACUAGUGGCUGUGGCUUCUGUUCGUUUGAGAAAAAUCCUUAGCCAAGAAUUAAUGAAUGGUUUUACUUUCCUUAUGGGUUUGCAACAAAGUUGCGGAAAUUGAAAAGGGGAAACCAGUUUAAGGGAAAAAUAGUGAAGCCAUGGCCUCUCUUCUCAGUUCCUCUGCGGCAAUUCCACUGCAAUACAAGUUGAAUCGUACAAGUUUGAGUGCGGUCUCUUCAAACACACCAUCCCAAUUUUCCCAUACUGUUUUGGGGAAUGGGAGAUAUCAAGGGUUAUGUUUCAAGACAAAAGCUACGGGUUCUGUUGAAGGAAGUGUACUUGGGAAAGAAUCAGCUAGUGUCAGUCACAAGAUAGAUUAUGGAGUUAUUGGUGUUCACCAUGUUGGAAUUCUGUGUGAAAACCUUGAAAGAUCGCUUGAAUUUUACCAGAAUAUUUUAGGACUUGAAAUAAAUGAGGCUAGGCCACAUGAUAAGCUUCCAUAUAGAGGUGCUUGGUUGUGGGUGGGUUCUGAGAUGAUUCAUUUGAUGGAACUUCCAAAUCCGGACCCCUUAACUGGAAGACCUGAACAUGGGGGCCGAGACCGUCAUGCUUGUAUUGCAAUUCAGGAUGUAUCAAAGCUGCAAACAAUCCUCGACAAAGCUGGUAUUCCCUACACACUUAGCCGAUCUGGGAGGCCUGCAAUCUUUACACGGGAUCCAGAUUCAAAUGCACUAGAAUUCACUCAAGUUGAUGCCUGAGAUUUUUUAGCACAUAUAGCCUGGAUUUCUAGAAGUAUACCUGUAUGAAUUUCUCAACCUAGAAGUGGGCUUUAUGGCUGCAUGCAUCAGUUUGGAAUGCUUUGGCAUAUGGUCUCAUCUUACCUUCUUGUAUUAGAUCAGCAGAAGAACAGACGAACACAAGUCAUCCUAUAUUACAUACAGGUUUAUUUUGCAACGACUGAUAUGGAUUUCCAUGGAUCAGUCAUCUCAGGAAGGGCUACGGGUAUCCUGUACCAAGAAUUACUUCCAGAUGAAUGCCUAAAAUAUACGAAAUAAAAAUUUUUGAUCUUUUAUAUA